UCUUAGAUUCUGACUGUACCGAUCGAAUUGUAUUCACACUCAUGAAUUUCUGAAUCACGAAUCUACUCUCAUAUGUAUGUACCUCGUUUGUGGUUUAACCUGGAUUGAUGAACAAUCUCAAAUCUAAGAACGGUUCAUUCACGAAAUGAUUUAAAAAAAUUUAGCACCAUUGGGAAUUAGACAUAUGAUAUGGUGUUUUUCAAUAAACUCGAGCACUUCCUUUGAUCUUUAAUUAUUUUGUUUCUCGUUGUUAUAUAGGCAUAAAAAUGAAGACAAGAUUUAAUUCCUACGACAUUGUUUGCACCUUAACCGAGCUGCAAAGGCUCAUUGGUAUGCGUGUAAAUCAAGUUUAUGACAUUGAUCACCGUACUUAUCUCAUCCGUCUUCAACGAAGUGAAGAGAAAUGUGUCCUUCUGUUAGAAUCUGGUAAUAGGAUCCAUACAACAGGUUUUGAAUGGCCAAAAAAUGUAGCUCCAUCAGGAUUUUCUAUGAAGAUGCGUAAACAUCUUAAAAAUAAACGACUUGAAAGUCUCACACAAAUAGGUGUAGAUAGAAUAAUAGAUUUACAAUUUGGUUCUGGUGAAGCCGCAUAUCAUAUUAUAUUAGAACUAUAUGAUAGAGGUAAUAUAGUCCUUACAGAUUAUGAGAUGACUAUUUUAAAUAUUUUAAGACCUCAUACAGAAGGAGACAAAGUCAGGUUUGCUGUUAAAGAAAAAUAUCCCCUGGAUCGUGCUCAUAAAGAUACUAUGCCUCCAAUGAUAGAAAUUCAACAGCACCUAGAAAAUGCUAAACCAGGAGAAAAUCUUAAAAAGGUUUUGAAUCCACUUCUGGAGUUUGGUUCUUCAUUAAUUGAUCACGUUUUAUUGAAGCAUGGUUUCUCUCUUGGUUGUAAAAUUGGCAAAGAUUUUAAUGUUAUAGAUCAUAUGCCAAAAUUAAUCUUAGCUUUAGAAUGUGCAAAUAACAUAAUGAUAUCGGCUCGGAAAAAUGUUUCUCAGGGUUAUAUUAUACAGAAGAAAGAAACGAAACCAACUACAGAUGGCACACAAGAUUUUAUAUAUACUAAUAUUGAAUUUCAUCCAAUUUUAUUUGAACAAUAUAAAGAUUCUUGUUAUAAAGAGUAUCCCUCUUUUGAUGUUGCGGUAGAUGAAUACUUUUCUGCAAUGGAAGGUCAAAAAUUAGAUUUGAAAGCUUUGCAGCAAGAACGCGAUGCUCUUAAGAAAUUAGAAAAUGUUAGAAAAGAUCACGAUCAGAGACUUAUCUCGUUAGAAAAGACUCAAGAGGUAGAUAAGCAAAAGGCAGAAUUGAUUUCUAGAAAUCAAACUUUAGUGGACAAUGCCAUAUUAGCUAUACAAAGUGCUCUUGCAAAUCAAAUGGCUUGGCCAGAUAUUAAAGUUCUAUUGAAAGAAGCAGAAAACAGAGGAGAUCCCGUUGCAUCUGCGAUAAAACAAUUAAAACUAGAGACAAAUCAUAUUUCAUUACUGUUACACGAUCCCUAUGAAGACAGUGACGAAGAAUCGGAAUUAAAACCUAUGUUAAUUGAUAUUGAUUUAGCUCAUAGUGCUUUCGCAAAUGCCAGAAAGUAUUAUAAUCAGAAGAGAUCCGCGGCUAAGAAACAACAAAAAACAAUAGAAUCACAGGAUAAGGCUUUGAAAUCUGCAGAAAAAAAGACAAAGCAAACAUUAAAAGAGGUUCAAGCCAUUCACAGUAUCAAUAAAUUGAGAAAAGUAUAUUGGUUCGAAAAAUUUUAUUGGUUCAUUAGCUCUGAAAAUUAUUUAGUAAUUGGUGGAAGAGAUCAACAGCAGAAUGAACUAAUAGUAAAAAGAUAUCUUAAAUCUGGAGAUAUAUAUGUUCAUGCUGAUUUAACUGGUGCCAGUUCAGUAGUUAUUAAAAAUCCUGGUGGGAAUCCUGUGCCUCCCAAAACUUUGGCUGAAGCAGGUACAAUGGCUGUGGCUUACAGUAUUGCAUGGGAGGCUAAAGUAGUGGCUGGAGCUUGGUGGGUAAACAAUGACCAGGUUUCAAAAACUGCCCCGACUGGUGAAUAUCUUACAACUGGAUCAUUUAUGAUUCGUGGGAAAAAGAAUUACUUGCCACCGUGUCAGUUAAUCAUGGGAUUAGGAUUUCUAUUUCGUUUGGAAGAAAGUUCAAUGGAAAGGCAUAAGGAUGAAAGAAGGGUCAGGAUUAUAGAUGAUGAAAGUGAUCAUGCAGAAUCUACAAUCGAAGAAGAUAAAGAGAUAGAGUUAAUAGGGGAUUCUGACGAAGAAGAGCAAGCUGAGGAAAAGAAUGAUUUAAAUCCUAUUCAGGAAGAAUCCAAGGAGGAUUUAGAGGCAGAAAAAACUAAUAUCAAUCAGAAUGCUAGCGAUGAAGAUGAAAACACGUCACAGUUUCCAGAUACACAAAUUAAAAUUGAUAUAUCCGGUUCUAAAAUGAGGUUGCAUAUUGACAAAAACGAAACAAGAACAUCAGAGAACAGUGAUGAAAACGUAAUUUAUUUAGGGGAUAAUAAACCAAUACUAAUAAAUACUGUUAAUAAGAAAAAAAGUUCUGACAAAGAUAAACAAAGACAACUUCCACAACAUGAAAAUAAAAAGCCUGAAAUGGAAACUGAAAAGAAUGAUCAGGUAACACUAAAAAGGGGUCAGAAAGGAAGACUGAAAAAAAUGAAAGAAAAAUAUAAAGACCAAGAUGAGGAAGACAGAAGAUUAUCUAUGCAAGUCCUUCAAUCAGCAGGUGUAGCAAAAGAAGACAAAAGAAGAAGUAAAAAUAAAGACCCUUCUGGACCAAAACAGCAGGGAAAGAAAAAAGGUAUGGCAAGACCACCUCCACCGCAGAAUCUUCAAAUUAUGGACAAUGACGAAGAAGACACAGGUCCAGGACCGGAAGUUGAUAUGUUGGAUCAGCUAACAGGAAAACCUGUCUUUGAAGACGAGUUGCUGUUUGCUGUACCAGUUGUGGCACCUUAUAAUACUUUAUUGAAUUACAAAUUCAAAGUAAAAUUAACACCAGGCACAGGGAAGAGAGGAAAAGCUGCAAAAACUGCAGUGACUGUAUUUUCGAAAGAUAGAGAAAUUACAUCGCGAGAAAAAGAUUUACUGAAAGCCGUUAAGGAAGAAACAAUAGCUAGAAAUAUUCCUGGAAAAGUUAAAAUAAGUGCUCCUCAAAUACAGAAAUUAAAGAAGUAAAUCUCUUCAGAAUAUUUAGCAAUAUACUGUAUACAAAAUGUAUAUAAGAAGACUUCGAAACAAAUUAUGUUACCAAUAAAUUAUUAUUUAUGUCGUUAAAAAGAAGGCA